UCACCUUAAAGUAUUAGAUCUCUGUGGAAAUGACUUCAUCAAGGGAGGGUUUCCUGUUCCUCCGGAACCAGUUUUGCUAGAAGUUGUUAAUCUCUGCAACACCGCCAUGAAUGGGACUCUCCCGGCUUCAGCUUUCGAGAAUCUUAGAAACUUGAGAGCACUGAAUUUGAGUAAAAUGGAUUGGAGUUUCAAUAAAUUCCAUGGAGGCCUCCCAGCGUCAUUAUUUUCACUUCCUCACCUUAAGGUCUUAGAUCUCAGUGGGAAUUUUUUUGAGGGUGGCAUUCCCAUUAAUUCAUCUUCAUUCCCAGUCUCACUUGAAGUGUUAAAUCUCAAUAACAACAACAUGAAUGGAACUCUUCCAACUGAACAAGCAAUAGAAAAUCUUGGGAACCUACGAGAAUUGCAUUUGAGCCUCAAUCGAUUCGCUGGGAAUAUUCCAAGGUCAUUAUUCUCACUUCCACAUAUUGAACUAUUGGACCUAUCAGGAAAUCUCUUAGAAGGGCCUAUUCCUAUAAGUUCAUCUUCAAACCUUCCUGCGUUUAUCAAGAGCCUACGAUUUUCUCAUAAUAAUUUGAGCGGCAAAUUUUCUUUCUCUUGGCUGAAGAACCUCACGAAACUUGAGGCGGUAGUCCUGUCAGAUAAUGCUAAUUUAGCUGUUGAUGUAAAUAUUCCUGGAUGGGUACCUCAGUUCCAACUGAAAGAACUAGCGCUCUCUGGCUGUGACCUUGACAAGAGCAUUAUUACAGAACCACAUUUUCUACGCACACAACAUCAUCUGGAGGUACUUGAUUUGUCCAAUAAUAACUUGCCAGGGAGCAUGCACGAUUGGUUGUUCACCGAGGGAGCAAGACAUUAUAAGCUAGAUCUUGGAAAUAACUCGUUAACUGGAUCAUUGGAGUCAACAUGGUAUACUCAAAAUUUUCUCAAAUAUAUCAACGUAUCAAUGAACCGUGUUGCAGGUCAACUUCCAGACAAUAUCAAUUCGAUAUUUCCAAACUUGCUUGUUCUUGAUUUUUCAAAUAACGAAAUUUACGGGCAUAUACCGAUAGAAUUGUGUCAGAUACGUCAGCUGCGGUAUUUAGACCUAUCGAAUAACAGCAUUUCUGGAGAAGUACCAGCUUGCUUAUUCACUGACCAUGCUGUGUUGGAAUCCUUGAAGGUUUCAAAAAACAAGCUUGGUGGACUAAUAUUUGGUGGAAUGGAUAAUAUGUCCGAUUCUUUGUCGUAUUUGUACCUAGAUAGCAACAAAUACGAGGGGAGCAUACCUCAAAAUCUAUCAGCUAAGAACUUAUUCGUCAUGGAUUUACAUGAUAACAAGCUGUCCGGGAAACUUGAUAUUUCUUUUUGGGAUUUGCCUAUGUUAGUGGGCCUGAAUCUUGCUGACAAUACUUUAACCGGUGAAAUACAACCCUAUUUAUGCAACUGGACAAGCAUUAGCCUUUUGGAUCUAUCAAAUACAACUUACAGGUCUUUACCAAUUGUAGUAGGCACUGCAGCAACUUGA